UUUUAAGAUAAUGGGGAAGUACAAACUGGACGCUUAGUUAUCCCACAAACUAUGAUGAGGAAUUGUGGAUUAAUACGACUUAUUUCUACCUUCUUAUUCUGUAUCUUCAUUUACAAAUCCACAUGUAACAUUUUUGAUAUAUGUUCAACCAACCCUUGUCAUUCAAAUGGAUAUUGCAUCUCUAAUGAUAACGGAGAAUUUCAUUGUCGAUGCUUACAAGGUUGGACAGGUUAUGAUUGUUCAGUAGAUGUGGAUGAAUGUCAUUUAGGCUCAACAAAUCCAUGUGAACACGAUGGUGUUUGUAUUAAUUCACCUGGCGAUUAUCAGUGUUUAUGUCCACCUGGAUAUAAUGGAUCAAGAUGUGAAGAUGAAAUUUUAGAAUGUGCAUUCAAUCCUUGUAAACAUGAUGGAACAUGCAUAGAUUUAAUCAAUGGUUUUCAAUGUAUUUGUCCACUUGGUUACGAAGGUGUAACAUGUGAAGAUGAAAUAAAUGAAUGUUCGUCUUCACCAUGUAAAAACGGUGCACAGUGUGAAGAUCUAAUCAAUAAUUAUACAUGUCAUUGUUUACCUGGAUGGACUGGUUUACACUGUGAAAAUCGUAUUCGACCAUGUGCUGCUAAUUCAUCAUUAUGUUUAAAUAACGCUACAUGCUUAGAUUUAGUGACAACAAAUGAAGAUAUUGAAAUGAAUAAUGUGUCCAAUGAUCUUUUUCAAUGUCUUUGUCCCGAAGGUUUUCAUGGCAAGUUAUGUGAAACAAAAAUAAUUAAUAAUUAUUGUACGGAGAUUGUCUGUCAAAAUGGUGGACAAUGCAAUAUUUUAGACAAUGGUAAAGAAUAUUGUACAUGUUUAAAUAAUUAUCAUGGAUUAUAUUGUGAAGCGGAAAAGAAACAAACCGAACAAAAUGUAGAAUUAUUCAAGACAGAAAAAGAACAAAAUGAAAUUAAAAAAUUUGACUGUUUCAAUACGCCAUGUUUAAAUAAUGGCACUUGUCAUGUACUUGAUGACAUCAGUAACUUCUCAACUAUAACAACAAUAAACAAUGCUACUGUCAAUAUUAAUAGUAGAGAUGGUAGUACAGUUUGCCAUUGUAAACCUGGCUUCUCUGGUCGCUAUUGUGAAAACGUACAAGAUUCUUGUCAACAUGUAUCAUGUCAUAAUGGAGGAGUAUGUAUGUCACAAGACGAUAAUAAUGCUAAAAAUCUGAGUGUUUUAACAUCAAAAUCGAGCUACACCUGUAUAUGUCAACCUGGAUAUUCAGGUAAACAUUGUGAAAUUAAUGUAUAUGACUGUUUCAAUCAACCUUGUGGAUCUUAUGGAAUUUGUAAAGAUGAAAUUGAUAGUUAUCAUUGUGAAUGUUUAAAAGGAUGGAAAGGAUUACACUGUGAUAAAAAAUCAUUGUCAAUAAAACAGAUUAGAAAUGAAAAAAAUACUGAAUCCAAUUCAGUAUUGAUGGAGAUGAUGAUGAUGCAUAACAAUUCGAAAGAAUUUCAUUUCAAUCGAAAUAGAUUAUGUCCUGAAAAUUAUUGUGCUAACUCAGCUAUUUGUAUUUCCAUCAACGAUGAUAUAUCUUCUUUUAAAAUGAACAAUACAGAAGUGUCAAACAAUUGGAAUGUUGGAAAUGAAUAUCAAUGUCUAUGUGAAACAGCUAUCGGUCGAUUUAAAGGUACUUAUUGUGAUAUGGACGUGAAUGAAUGUUCUGAAGCUGAAGAAAACCAGUCAUCAUUGUGUCAAAAUGGUGGACAAUGUAUCAACACUUAUGGAUCGUAUAUAUGUAGUUGUACAAAACCAUAUCAUGGUAAACAUUGUGAACAUUCAUUCAAUCCAUGUGACUUUGAUAGUACAUCAAUCUGUUUUAACGGAGGAACAUGCUUACCAACAUCAGACGGUUUAGGUACAAUAUGCGUCUGUCCAAAAGGAUUUACCGGACCUCAGUGUAGAGAACAGAUAAAUGAAUGCAUCAAUGAACAAUCAUGUACGAAUGGAAUAUGUUUAGAUUUGAUUGGAACAUAUUAUUGUUUAUGCCCCACUGGCAGAUAUGGAAUGAACUGUGAAUUCACUGGUAAACAAAUUUGUACUAAUCAAUCGUGUGGUGAAGAUGUAAACGUUAGAAAUUGUACAACACAUCUUUGUUUAAAUAGCGGCACAUGUAUAAGUCAUAAUGCUGCAGACAGUAAUAUCACUGACGAUGAAAACCAUAACAACACCCAUAUUCCUCAGGGGAACAACUUGUUGGAAUCACAAGUGCUUUAUUGUUCUUGUCCAUUCGGUUAUAUCGGUGAAUAUUGUCAGAUAGAAUUGGAUUUUUGUCAGCUUUUCCAUUAUAUUAAACACUAUCUUCUGGAUUAUUUUAUACAACCUAAAGAAAUCGAAGAUUAUUUCCUUAAAAAUUUAACCAUUUCAAGUUAUCUUAUCAAUGAUUGGUUAAUUUCAUCAACCUUGUUAUCAUCAUCAUCAUCACUCUCAUCUUAUUCAUGGGAUGAAAUCAACUUAUUAUAUUCUAUAUUCAUAAUAAAUUAUACAAAUUCUCAACUGCUGAAUAACACUGAUACAAGAAAGAUUUUAUCAACAGGAAACAUAUUUAAACAUAAUUCUACUGUAGACAGAAAAAAUAUUUCAUCUAAUUCAACUUUAUUUAUGAUAAGUUCACCAAUGGGUUUAUGUGAUUCUGUUGGAAGUUCUCAAUGUAUUCCAUUGUUAUUUUCUACAAGUGAUAAUCGGAGAAGUAUUAGUAAUGGAUUUGAAUGUAUUUGUCGUGUAGAUUAUGAAGGCAGAUAUUGUGAGAAAUAUGUUGAUUUUUGUAAUAAAAUGGACAAACAAUAUAAUGGAAAUUAUUGUUUAAAUGGUGGUUGGUGUGAAAAUCAAAUUAAACAAAUCUCAUCAAAUUAUAAUUAUAAUAAUGACAAUAAUAACACAGAUAUUCAUCGAAUAUUCCCAUAUUGUCAUUGUCCAUCCGGAUAUGGAGGGAAAAGAUGUGAAUUCUAUCAUGAAUCAUGCAUACAUUCACCAUGUCUUCAUGGUGGUAAAUGUUAUCCGAUUAAACAAAACUUAUCACAACUACAACUAGAAGAGAUCGAAUUAAAUUCCAUGAUUUCUAGAAAUAAUUCUACAUCAUCUUUCUUUUAUUCAUCGUAUAAAUGUGAAUGCUCAUUUGGUUGGUCUGGAGUACAUUGUGAAGUUAGUACUGGAUUAUAUUGUGAUGCUUCGAAAUUAUGUAUGGAUCAUAUAAAUUGUAAUGACUCAUUGACUAGUGAUUGCCCAUGUACAAAACCAGGUUAUUGCGGUUUAGACUGUGACAGAUUCGGUACUGAAUGCUUCUUGUUAACAAACAAAAGUAAUGGUGAAAUUGAUAGAAUCUCAACUACCGUGCCCAUUACUACUACUAUUGCAACUACUACUAAUAUUAUCACUACUACCAUCAUUAGUACCAAUAAAGUUACCUGGAAUAAUGUCGAAGUACAUACAACAAUCAAAAAUAUCACAUUAUGGCCUGGUGAAGAAACUGAAUUGUCGUAUUGUCUCCGUGAAAAUUGCCAGUUAAAAAAACAUAAUGGUCAAUGUGAUCAUGAAUGUGAUUUAAUUGCUUGCGAUUUUGACCAUGGUGAUUGUCUAUACGCAUUAUCUGUACCGUUGAAUCCUUUAUCGUAUAUUGAACACCUUGAAAAUGAAGGUGACAAUAACAAUGAUAACACAACUCAUUAUGUUAGUUUUUUACAAGAUAUCCAAAUUAAACAACAACGUCCAGAGCCAGCAAUACCAUGGCGUAGUUGCUCAGUGUUAAUUGAACAUGUUCAACAUUCACCAUGUCAUUUAUUAUUUGGUGAUGGAAAUUGCGAUCCUCAAUGUUUUAAAGAAGAAUGCUUAUUUGAUGGUUGGGAUUGUAUACAAACAAAUGUUGAUCUUAAUUUGACAAAAGAAAACUGCUCUGAAUCAUCAUGUCAAAAUGAUUAUCAUACUAAAACAAUGGAAUGUAGCCAUAAUGAUAGGGAUAAUUGUACAUUGAACAAUGAUCUCAAAAAGAAUAUCAUGUCUUCAACAGAUUCAGCCAUCAUUUAUAAUAUUGAUAACAGUAAUAAUUUUACCAAUAAUAUAUCAUCUGGCACUAGAUAUUUCACUAAUCAUAUUGUACCGGGUAGCUUAGUUCUAUUAAUUAAUUCUACUCCAGAAGAAUUGGUAAAAAUGCAUUCUGAAAAGCUGUCAAUAUUUUCCAUAUUAAAUGAAAUUCUACAUUUAGAAGUGGAAGUUGAGCAUCAUCCAAAGACUGGUGACCUAAUGAUCUAUCCGGUAAUAUAUGUGACUAAUUAUACAAACAACAGUAAUAGAAAUUCAUUAUUUGGAACAAUACAGUUAAAAAAUAAUGAUCUAUUGACAUUUGAACAAUCGGAUACAAAGUCAACUGAAAUUCGUUCAAGGUAUUCACGUCAUGUGAAUAUGAAAGCAUCACUAUCAUCAUCGUUAUCGGGUCAACCAUUACAAUCUGAUCGAAAUGAACAAAAAAUGGAAAUUUAUCAAAAAGAAAGCGUAGGAAGUCAAGUGUAUUUACAAUUGAAUUCAAAAAAAUGCGAUGAAACAGGUAAAUCGGACCCGCUGUUCGGUGACUACUGUAUUACUGUGUUACAUAUAGAGGCUUCAAAUUUGAAUGUACAUAAUUGUCACUAUUCGUUAGCUGUCAGUCGUUUGAGACAAAUUUGGGACGAAAAAUACUCCGAUGUGUGUACUGGUAUAAAACUACACACAAUAGAGAAUAUUCCUGUUACAUAUAGAGCUGUUGACCAAUGCGUUAAUUCUCUCUGGAAAGAAAACCCUGAUUUAGUGAUACAUGUUGGUAUGGAUACCAGUCUGACAAUGCCUACUUUGGAAACCUUGUCGUAUAAUAGUGGUUACGAUACACCAGAUGUGGAUGGAGCUUAUUGUCGAAAUAAUGGUUGUGCUAGUAUUCAUGGUGAACCGGUUCUUUAUUGUAGCAUGAACUUGAGUAAAGCAUAUGGUAAACUAGUGGAUAAUCAUAUUACUUGUGCAACUUCAAAUGACCCAGGCAGAUUUUUAUGUGGCUAUAUAUACUACAAAUCACUAGAAUAUUCGCCUGAUCGAGUCGUUUUCGUUCAUGUCCCAUGUUCAACUACAAUGUCUACUGAGAAUACAGCUACCUCACUUCUACAAAUAAUUCGUGAACUAGCUACUCUAAAAGGAGUUGUGAUUCCAUAUAAAUAA